AAUAAUAAUAAUAAUAAUAAUAAAUUAUUACUUACGAAUAAUGAGAAUGUAAUGACAAGUACUACGACUACCAUUACAUCUACACCUACUAAUACCGAUGUUCAUUGUAGUAGUGGUAGUAAUAAUAAUCAGAUAAUGAUUAUUACACAUAGUAACUCUUUACCACAGACAAUACAACAUAAUUCAACUGGAUUACAUAAUGAUAAUAAUAGUAAUAAUAAUAAUAUGUCAAUAUUAUGUAAUGCAGAGAUAAUACCCGUUGAAUGUGAUACUUGUUCAAAUCUAUUUAUUGGCUUUUCUGAAAGAACAAUUAAUUUAAACAAUUCAUUCAUUGCAACAGUUAAUCUUAUUUUAAACAAUCCUCAACAUAAUAAUAAUAAUAAUUCAUCAACACAUUCUAUUUUAAAUAUUGGUAUCCUUUAUUUAACAAAAUUAUAUAAUUGGGAAUCUAUAAAUAAUCAUCUUGUUAAUUUAUAUAAUUUAUAUACAUCCUAUUUGAAUUUAAACGACCCGCAUGACCUUCAAAUGAAUGAAUUCAAACAAUAUCAAUUACAUAUUGAUUCGUUGAAUUAUACAUGGUAUAUUGAAUUUCAUCCAAAUACAUCAAAUUAUUCCAUUCAAUUUAAGAAUAAUAAUAAUGAGAGAACAAUUCAAAAUCCUCAACAUUUAAUUAAUUUAAUUCAAUCACAAUCAAAACAAUUCAAUAUUCAAUUAACUAUUAAUUAUGAUUUAUUGAAUAUUGAACAACCAAAUUUAUUAGCGGAUCAUUUAAAUGAUGAUCAACAGAAUUUAUUUAAACAAUUAAAUAAUUUAAUGAUAAAAACUUUAUUAAAUCGUGAUAUUUUAUAUUUUUAUUAUGAAUUAUUAUAUACAUAUCAUUUAAUGAUAUUCUAUGAUAUAGAUGAUGUUUAUAUGAAUAUAGUGAUACAAGCAUUCUAUGAACAUAUUUGUUCAAGUAUAAAUUCAUCUUCAUUGAAAUUACAUCAUUUCAACUUAACUGAUAGUGAACAAACUACAAUGAAUGAUUUAUAUCAAUGUUUAUCACAGUAUAUGAAUAAUACAAUUAAUAUAACCGAACAAUUACCCACUAAUUUAAUAAUUCUAUUCUAUAUUCAAUCAAUGAAUCAAAUGUCUAAUGAUGAUUAUUUAAAAAUUAUCAAUGAUUUUCAAGUUUAUUAUAAUGGAAACAAAGAUGAUCCAAAUAGAACAUGUUCAAUAUAUCUAAUUGGUACUUGGAUAACAUCAGUUGGCAACAGUUCAAUUGAAUCAUCAUCGUCGCCGUUAUCAUCAAUCCCAGGUCCACUUCAAAAUCUAACAACAACAUCAUCAUCAAUGAAUGUGAAAUUGAUCUCAUAUCCAAACAAAUAUAAUAGUAUAUAUAAAUCUGUACAAUGUUUCAAUGAAUUAAUUUGUUGGAUUGAAAUAGACUAUUCAUUUAAACAAUCUUAUAUGAUAGGUGAUUUAAAGAAACAACUUGUUCAUUCAUUAGUUAAUGAAUUCAAUGAAAAAUUAUCAUCAUCUUCAUUAUUGAAUCAAAUGGAUCAAGAAUAUUUAGAUAAAUUUCAUAAUCAAUUGAAAUAUUAUGAAGAUCUUAUUAAAUGGAUUCAACAGGUUCUCAAUUAUUUAAAUCAAUUCAUAAUAGAAUUGCAUAAUCAUUAUCAUGAAACCACAUUAGAAGAUACGCAUCAAUUUCAUUUGAUAAAUCCAUUAAUAUUUUCAUCUUUACCAUUUCAUGAUGAUCUCAGUAAUUCUGAAUUAUGGUUUAUUGAUUUAUGGAAUAAUCAAAUUGUAAAAAUGAUAAAAAAUUUUAUUGAUCAAUGGUCUAAUCAUCAUCAGAAAUCAAUAAAACAACCGGUAAAUUGUAUUGAUCCAACCAAUUGGAUUCUAUCAACAUGGCCAUGGCAUACAACAAAUUGGUUAGAAUGUUUUCAUAAACAUAAACAUAAUAAUACAGAUAUGAUAUCUCCACCAUGUUUAAUACAUCUUAUUGAAUGAUGCACAUAGAAAUACAGUUAAAUUUUAAUGUUGCUAAUAUACUACUUACUAUUAUUAGUAGUAGUACUAGUAGUAGUAUCAGAAAGUAACAACUUAAAGUGUUAUAUAUGAUCUUCAACCCUACCAGAUCAACAGAUUUACAUAGUUUCAUUCACUAGGAAAUGUAUAAUAUAACCAAUCCAAAAUAUAUCUUCUAAAUUGUCCCCCUUUUAUGUUCAAUUUGUAUAUACAUGAAAAUAAAGUUGCCUAGAAACAAUAUGUAUACAAAAUUAUCCAAAUAAAUCUAUAUGUGAACAAUGUGAUUUGAUUACAUGAUCAAGGAAUAUGGAUUUUGUAUUUGUUCUGUUCAUUCACUAAAAACAAAGAAAAACACAUGAGUCCGUUGUAAAAUUCUAUCUAAUCAGUAUUUGGUAAUUAAUGAUGAAAAGAAAAUUAUAAACAAAUUGCUUACUUGUUUAUAA